AUGCCUUUAAAGAAAGUUUUUGAUACAGUUGAGACCGAACCGGUCAUGGAGGCCUCGGACAACCAAAACCAAAGCGUCCUUACUCCGUACAUAGAGAUACUUGGUGAGUUGUACAGCAAUUUCACGAACAAAAUUUCCCCAUUCUACAAUGAUGUCAUGAUCGACGUGAAGACAGAGGUACGGCAGGGUGACACAAUAUUCAGUACCACUCUUGAGAACGCGAAGCGAAGAUUGGAAUGGGAUGACAUGGGAGUGGAAGUUUACGGCCGGCAUUUGCACCAUCUUCGUUUCGCUGAUUACAUCGUUCUUAUGACACCAAGCAUCAAUCAGGCAGAACUGAUGCUGGCCGAAUAUGAUGAAACGUGUAAAAAGCUCGGUCUUUAG